UGAGCCGCCUAGUUCGUUCGUGCAAAGAUGAGUUCUGCUGAUCUGAAGAGAAAGCCGAAGAAGAAAAACCCUAAACCCGUUCAGAUAAACCCUAACUGGUCACUCCUCCAACAAAAGCUGAAAUCUGAUUCGAAUAACUCGGGAAAUCGAAAAUAUUCAAACAAUGACGACUCAGAUGAUCCCAGGUCCAUAUUAGGGAAGCGGAAAGAGAGACCUGAUUCGGAGGUGGAUGUUCUUAAGGUUAAUCCCUUAGCUCCGGUUAAUGACGAUUGCAGUUUGACAGAUGAAGUGGCUAUGGACUGUGAAAUGGUUGGUGUCAGUCAAGGAACCAAAAGCGCCCUUGGACGUGUUACCCUGGUAAACAAAUGGGGAAAUGUUCUAUACGAUGAGUUUGUCCGUCCAGUGGAACGUGUUGUUGACUUCCGGACGCAUAUUAGUGGGAUUCGACCUAAAGACUUAAGAAAGGCCAAAGAUUUCCGAGUGGCUCAGACCAAAGUGGCGGAGUUGAUCAAGGGAAAGAUUCUCGUGGGACAUGCCUUGCAUAACGAUCUCAAGGUUUUACUGUUAACUCACCCGAAAAAAGAUAUAAGGGACACAGCAGAGUAUCAGCCCUUUCUCAAGGACAAAACAAGAAAGUCUCUGAAACAUCUAGCAUCUGAGUUUCUAGGGGCCGACAUUCAAAACGGAGAGCACUGUCCUAUUGAUGACGCACGAGCUGCAAUGCUGCUUUACCAGAAGAACAGAAGAGAGUGGGAGAGAAACGUGAAGGACCAGACACGGAUGAGGCUGAAACAAAAGAAGCGUAAGCCUAAGAAGAAAGUAAAAGUAGACCAGGCUUCCCCAAUUGUUUGAAUCAAUCAAUCAAGCUUAAAGCAAAAAAAAACACUGAUCAAAACAGCUGAAAAAGUUUUGUUCGCCUACUUCCAUUUUUGAUGUGGGAUUUGUAUCACUCUUUACUUCUUAGCAUCAGGUUCCCACAAUGUACCACCUUGUUGUAUACAAGUUUCAUCACGCUGUUAUACCAUAAUAGCUCAUGUAUUAUCAAAAUACUCUUUUUUCUCAUGUGGACUUGUAUUAUUUUAGUUUUUAGAUAAUGGUUUUGGUUCGGUACA